AUGCAACCUAUGAUACUCGAGAACUCAUAUCUGACAACAGUAACUGGCAAUAUGAGACGAAGCUUUUGGGUUUGUCCAACAUUGCACUGUCAUGGGACGGUUCUGGCUGCUGACUUUCGACUGCUCAUUGGUCCAACUAAUAUGGAUGGAUUUAAUCGAACAGUUCAAAGUCAAGUCCGUAUAAGUUUUUUACUGAAAAGGAAGAAGAUUAGAGCUGUGUAUAAAAUGGGUGGAAGCAACAAUGCCAAUAUUAACGAUACACAAUCGUUUCAACCAAUGUCUCCCUGUCCAGUGAUUGAGAAGUCCGAUGCGGCUCACGUAGCCUGGUCAAACUAUAUACAGGCUUCGGUUAUCGAAAUGUCAAGUGUACAGUCGUAG